AGAAGAAGCAGACAACGGAAGAACAAAGUUCUACGCUCAUGCCAUGGAACUUGCCACUCUUUGUAGACUUUGUUUACAAUAAUACAACAGGGGUAGUAGCCUCUGGAUUUUGUUGCUAUUUGUGAAUGUUAAAUUUAGUGAGAUGUUUAGUCACGAAAUCUUCCAGACACAAAUGUCUAGUGUUAUGGCGGCUGUAGCAGAAGCGGCGGUCUCGGAGCUGAGCCGACUUCUGGACGAGUGCGCGUCAAUGACCUCGAAACGUUGUUCAAGUCCAACUUCACGUAAUAUGAUUGUUAUUAAAGCCGAGAACGGAAUUACGGAGGAAGGGACGCAGUUCAUCAACCCCUUGACGGUAGUGACAUACGUUGAGAGAGCUAGAGAUAGAGAUAGCUUUGUAUAACGUUAUAUGUGUUUACUAAAGGGCUGGCACAGCAGAAUCCUUUGGUCGGGGACACGCCUUCAUUUUGUGAUACAUCCGUAAUAAUGUACAGUUCUAUAAGUAGUACAUAUACCUUAACCUAGGUUGAUCAAAACUUUUUUCCACAUUACGCAUGAGAAACGUGGUGGCUUCUUAAAUACUUCUCCCCAUAAUGAUAAUUUCAACUUAAUAAUAAAAUGAUAAACCCCAUUACUACCAAUAACCUUCCAAUACUUCGUCAUGGACGAAUUGCUGUGUUGUAAUUGCUACGUGAGACAAUUUGAAAAAUAGAAAAACCAUUAUUUUUGUCUGCACCGGACAACCGCUGCUAGUUUUACGUUAAUAUAUGAUUUGACAGUUAACCUACAUCUCAAAAUGGUUGAGUAUUGCAAGCCACAAGCUUCCAUGAAUCGCUAAACCUGGUCAAAUUAAUACAUUUUUGAAAUUCAUACACACAUAUUUAAAUAUAUAUUUAAGAUCACACCCUGCACAGUAAAACACCACAGUGCUCCAUACACCAAAUAUUAACAUAUGGUUCUAAAUAAAUAAGCCAUCUUUAAAAUAAAGGAAUGUAAAUUUUCACAUUUAAUGCUGAUAAAGCUUUUGAAAGUACAUUAAAUUGAUUGGCUGGCAUCCUGAUAGUUUCUAAUGCUUUCAUACAAUUUCAAUCUAUUAUUAAGAGAAAAUUUGCAUCCCUCAUGGAAACAUGGACCAAAGAAGCAGUGGAGAAAAUAGCAGCAAUGUUAAGAAUGUCCCUGGCAGAAGAUGGUCUUCUCGAGAAGAAGACUCUACCCAGGAGAGCCAAAUCAAAAACAGCUGGUGGCCCCACAAAGCAAUUGCCAUUCAGAAGAACGUCUGGCCGUAUGAGAAAAAAGAGAGCUGACUCAGAUUUGGCAGAAAGACACAAAGAUGUUGACCAAGGUGAUCAUGUGAUACCAGAGGAUGGCACCGCUGCACCACAGCCUCUACCUGACAUGACACCGCCCCAGGUGGUGUCACCACAUCGGCAUGCUGCAUCACCGCACAGCCAGGCGAUGUCACCGCCAACGGGGGUCCCGGGACUCGGCGCCAACGAGGAAGGGGAUGAGGAGGAGGAGGAGGCAACGGCAGCAGCGCUGGGGGACGUCGACGACGACCCGCUCCCCGCUGACCCCGCGACCCCCUCUCCCACCCCGGACCCCACCAGGGGCAAGCAGUCCAAGAGGAGCCGUCCGGAUCCCAUCCAGUGCCCCCUGUGCCGAAAGACGUUCGCCGUCAAGUGCUGGUUCGAGCGGCACUUUGUCACCCACUCCAAACCCCACGUCUGCUCGCUGUGCGGCAAGCGCUUCUCCCGGGCCCAGGGGCUGGAGACGCACGCCUUGAGGCACACGGGCGCCGCCAAGAAGCUGUUCAAGUGCGACGAGUGCGACACCGAGUUCGCCUACAAGAGCACCUACAACCGGCACAUGCGGCGGCACGCCGUCCUGGCGGCGCACAUGCUCACGUGCGCCUUCUGCGAGGGGCGCUUCGCCGGCGCGCUCUCCCUGCAGAGGCACGCGUGCGCGGCGGUGGCCAAGGCCUUCCUGUGCGCGCUCUGCCCCGGCGACGGCCCCUUCGCCAGCGGGCGGGCGCUGACGGAGCACGAGGACGCGCUGCACGGGGCCGCGGCGCGGGACUUUGUGUGCGAGGUGUGCGGCAAGAGCUACGUGUCGGCGGCGUCGCUGUGCACCCACCGGGUGGCCCACCUGCUGGGGCAGCGGGGCGGGGAGGGGCAGGGCCAGGAGGUGACCAUGGAGGCGUGCUGCAUUCAGCUGGGCCUGGGCUGCAGCGACGCGGGCGCGCUGCAGGAGCACCUGCGCCGGAAGCACACAACAACAACGGCGGCGGCGACAAAGUUUGUGUGCGAGGUGUGCGGCAAGGGCUGCAGCCACCGCAGCGGGCUGAAGCACCACAUGCUGACGCACACGGGCGAGCGGGAGUUUGUGUGCGAGACGUGCGGCAAGCGGUGCAGCCACGCCAGCGCGCUGCAGAACCACAUGCGGGUGCACACGGGGCAGAAGGGCGGCAGGAAGCCCGUGUGCGACCUGUGCGGCAAGCUGCUGAGCAGCAUGGCCAAGCUGCGCUACCACAUGAGCGUGCACCGGGACGAGCGGCCGUACCCGUGCGCGCAGUGCGGCAAGAGGUUCCGCAACCCCAGCAACCUGCGGAAGCACGUGCUCUCGCACGCGGGCGCCAAGCCGCACGGCUGCGCCAUCUGCGGCCAGCGGUUCAAGGGCGCGCUGAGCCUGAAGCUCCACGGGAAGAAGCACACGGGGGAGAGGCCCUUCAGCUGCGGCCAGUAGACGCAGCGCUGGGGACGCGGGGUUGGGGAGGCACGAGGCGGCGGCGGCGGACGACGCCAGAGAACAUGAGCCGAAGAGGACGUUGGAGAGUGUUAAGCCCUCUGAAAAGGGAGUGUGGAUUUCGGUUCGUAUUUGUAAACGCGACCCGCAAAUGAAAUAGCGUGGGGCUGUUUUUUUUCCCCCCCCUGCUUUCUAAAGGACCCACGAUUAUUUUUGGACAGGAAGAUUCAACACAUUCAAAUGUGUUCGUUGACAGGAUCAGAAUUCAUGAUUCUUCCAACAGUUGGAUGAAAGUUACAUUGGAAUAUAUAUGUAUAUUUUCUUUUGUUAUGAAGUAUUAACUAUCAUUGACACAAAUUUGUAAAUGUACAUUGAAUGAAUCUAAUAUAUUGUGAUUGUGUUAAUCAAGCCAUAAAGGCCCAAGGGAGUCUAGUAGUAUUGACGUCGCAAAUGGAGGGAUUCUUCAAAUGAGGCAUAUUCCGAUGUUUCUAACAGCAGCCGUAAAUUUAGUGAGAAUAUCUGUGCCUUGAAUUACUUGUGUUAUUUUUUGUUAAGAAACACCAAAAUGAGACAUAUCGGGUGUAACUGCACAAAAAUGUGUAGGUUGCAUUGUAAUUGUAUAUUUUUCUACAUUAUAUCUUAUUGAGGGGUUAUUGUGAUUAAAAAUUAAUCCCUGAUGACUUGUCCGUAUAUGCCCAAAGGUUUGUAUGAUGUUUUUUCCUCACAACAUUGCCCCAGGCUAUAAUAAACAUUGAGUUACAGCCAA